CAGAAUUUACCCGUCGGCAUCAUGGUGGUGAUUAACGUCAAGUUGAGCGAGACGGAAGGGUUCCUCUUCGAGACGACAUGCAACACACCGAACGACACGGUCAUUCGAGAGCUUGUGCACGUACACAACGCCCGUGUCCGCCUCGCGAACCUCGUGACUCACACGCAAAGCUUGUUCCAACACGGUGUGGCGAAGCAUCCUCAAGAGCAUGGGCUUGACUCGUAUGCGUCGACCCCUGUCCACAAGGCUGAGUUCUAUGAAGAAGACCCGCUUGGCCAGCGCACCGGGAAUGGCGUGUGUCCGGCGCUCCGUGAGACGUUGACGCGAAUGGUUGCCGACGUGAACCAAUACUUGAAGUCGAACGCCCGUGUAGCCAUCUCGCAAAACGUGCUGCAAGAGAAGCUGGACAACUUCCGCGGGCUCGUCAUGAUGGGAUUUCCCAUGGGACUUCCUGAAUACGACGUCGUACAGCUUCUCUUGGACGGAAAGGACGAAGAUGCUCUCGGCGGGACCCAGAGCGGUAUGGACAUCUUGAGCGCCGACACUGCCGAGCUGUGGUGGGCCGGCAAGCAAUUCUUCCGCGACGAGACAGUCGGCGACCGUGUUGGGAAGAACGAAAAGACCAAAGUGAUCGCCAAGCUUACCAAGAAAGCAAACGGGGCGCCCCAGCGCGAGCCAGCUGUGUCGGAAGAGGAGCGGAAGGCCAUGAUGGCACACUACUUUAAGAAGCAGGAAGAACUCAAGAAACUUGCAGACGAAGACGACGACGCAUACUUGCACUCGUCGUGGGCGAACCCAUCCCAGCUCAAGAAUAGUCUGCGCGGGACAACCAACAUCCGUCCGUUCUAAUGGCCAUGACGCGCACGCAGCUCCGCGCGCUUGAGAGACCGAGGAUGGUCCUGUCGCCGGGAGAGCGAGUUGAAACGUAUUGUGAAUCGAGUUGAGGCUUGCGAUCUACUUUGUUUGCCAGCCAGCGUCCGAUCGAACCGGGGCCGGCUAAUGGCCAGUUUCAUGUGAAUUGACCUGCGUAAAGACCAGCCGAGAGCUCCAGGAUCGAAGAUCGGAGUGCCGAGAGGUUGGAUGUUGAAUCCAUUACAGCGUUUCUGUCGGGACUGUCACGACGGUGCAGGCCCUUGAACACUGCAUCUCCUUCGCACAAUUGCUUCAUGGUUGACCGUUUUGAGCUCGUCGACGCUGUUCCACGACAGCGCUCGCUUGCGAGCGUUGCGAGGUGACGGAUCCAAGUUAUUGACGGUGGGCAUCGUGGAGGCGGAUGACGUGCCCUUGACGGGGACGUCGCCGAUGCGGUCGAGCGCGUCCAGUGUCGACGGUGUCGCGAGGACGCUGACGGACCGAUGGUGCCGUGUUGCUGUGAUGUCGCGCUUUCCGAUUCGAAUUGGCGCGUUCUCUUCGCAUCCAGCCAUGAGUGGGGGCUGCUGCAUGAGCCCGACAUGGGUGCUACCGCGGCGAAAGGAUGCCCUCGACGUCAGGACGCCGCAAGUCGGGUUGCGACGAAAUUUUCGGCACGGAGGAGCCUGACCGUCGGCGCUCCCUUCGUUUCCAGCCAAAAAGGUGCUCGAUGCGGCGGCACCGGCAGGCACGUUUAGCUCAAGCAACGAUCCAAGUGGAGGAGUGCCUCCCGUGUCGGCAGCACCGCUGUCAUCACCUUCGUGACGAUGUGCAUGCAUGUUGUGAGUGCCUACAAACUGCAAUGGUUUCUCGGCUGUAGUCGGUAUAGCAUCCAGCGCCGCAAGGGCUCGUUGUGUCUGGGGGGCGAGCUCGGGGGACUGAGUCGCGGUACCUGCGUCCAUCGAAGCCGCCGGUUGCGGCAGUGCGGAGGGGCGGUUUGUGCCAGCUUCGAUCGAGAGCGCUACCU